AUGCGAUUCGGUCGGGUGUUGUCUGCUCUUGUUGCUCUAAAGACCACGUCGGCCCAGACCCUGAGUGGCCUGAGCUUUGAUGGCCGGGACCCUGUGAGUCUGGUCUGGGCAUUUGAUGGUCACACCUCCGGUCGUUACGAUUUCUACCUAUGUGCUGGUGAUGAAUCGACGGGAGCCUACGCUUCUCUCGCACGAGUUAUCCAAGACACUGUGGUGGCACCUGGCGACUUGGUUUCAUUUCAGGUGGAUCUGAAUAUGGGGGGAAACGACUUGAAUGCAUAUGGUUCCAUCGGAUCCCAAGGAACAUUGGUCUGGAUUCACAUCACACUUUACCUUGACCCAUAUGAAAGGCUCCUUCUCUUCCAAAGUGUCAGAUGCCGUGAAAUCAAUGCAACCUAUCACACUCCCCUUGCCCCUGGUGGGGGUGCCAACCUGCUCAAUUCCGCUGAUCUGGCUCCGGCCUUCAAUGGAUCAGCCCUGAACAGUGACAUUCGUGAGGAGGCGACAAGAUCCUUCUUAGAAUUCCCUUCACCCACUAUUCCGAUCGAAAUAGAACGAAAUGAAUUGCGGAAGCGUCUCGUCGACCCUCACACCAUUCCUUAUGGAGAGCAAACCGGCCUCACCAAAUAUGCUCCGAUGCCUAAGCGUGCCGGAACCACCAUUGCAGACAGAUCCCCCACACCUCAGUACCCACCAUUUCCUUUUUCUAUCGCAACUACCUAUCUUCCUGCCCCUACCGUUGAGUACACCGACACCGCCUACUUGACUUGGACUACACACAGCAUUGAGAACACCGCUGCUCCUGCAGCUGCACCCACAUUAGACAAGAGGAUGCAGCAAUUCCUGGAACGCCGAUAG